GUUUUCCUCUCGGCCCUUUGGCUUUCCUCGAGUGACUCGUUGGGGAAAUUUCGAAUCUCUCAGAAGUUUCUCGAUUGAAAUUCAAAUCUGUACUUCGCAUAUCGUGGUCGUCAUUUCCGGAAUUAGGGUUCCGAUAUGCCCCUGUUCAUGCCCGAUGACGAACUGUCGCGGCUGUCUAGCGACGCCGCGACGGUAGUGGCGGCAAAAGCCGAUGAGUUCAUUCGGAAGGUGUACGCCGAACUCGAGAGCGUCCGUGCCAAGGCCGAUGCGGCGUCCAUCACAGCGGAGCAGACUUGCUCCUUGCUCGAGCAGAAGUACCUCUCGCUCUCUCAGGACUUCUCGUCGCUUGAAUCUCAGAACGCCCAGCUUCAGUCCGCCAUUGAUGAUCGACUCGCUGAACUCGCUCAGGCGCAGGCGCAGAAGCACCAGCUUCACCUCCAAUCGAUUGAGAGAGAUGGGGAGAUAGAGAGGCUGAACACAGAGAUGUCUGAGCUGCAUAAGUCUAAGAGGCAGCUGAUGGAGCUGUUGGAGCAAAAAGAUGCAGAGAUCAGCGAGAAGAAUUCAACCAUCAAGAGUUAUUUGGACAAAAUUGUCAAGCUGACUGAUGUUUGUGCGGUUAAGGAGGCUCGUUUGGCUGAAGCUGAAGCAGAACUGGCACGUUCUCAAGUUACGUGUAGUCGUCUUUCUCAGGAGAAAGAACUUAUUGAAAGGCAUAACAAAUGGCUUGAUGAAGAGUUGGCAACCAAGGUUGAUAGUUACUCUGAUCUACGUAGAAGGCAUUCUGAUCUCGAGGCUGAAAUGUCAGCAAAACUUGCAGAGGUUGAGAAAAAAUAUAAUGAAUGUUCUGGUUCGUUAAACUGGCAUAAGGAUCGGUUGAGAGAGCUCGAAUCAAAGAUUACAUCUUUGCAAGAGGAACUCAGCUCAUGCAAAGACGCAGCGUCGGUCACUGAAGAGCAAUACAAUGCUGAACUUUUCACCGCAAAUAAGCUUGUUGAGCUGUACAAAGAAAGCUCAGAGGAAUGGUCUAGAAAGGCUGGAGAGCUCGAGGGUGUCAUUAAGGCUCUCGAGACGCGCUUGAACCAAGUGGACAGUGAUUACAAAGAGAGACUAGAGAAAGAACUAUCUGCAAGAAAACAACUAGAGAAGGAGUAUGACGACCUCAAACAAAAAGUUGAAAAGUGUGAAGCAGAAAUCGAGAAAACUAGGAAGGCAAAUGAGUUGAAUUUGCUCCCCUUCAGCAGUUUGGCGAGACGGGUUGAUGAUUCUGAUACUAGGGACAUGAUUGAGGAGAGCCAGAUGAUAGUUCCGAAGUUACCUGCGGGGGUUUCUGGAACAGCACUAGCAGCUUCACUCUUACGCGAUGGAUGGAGUCUGGCAAAAAUUUAUGAGAAAUAUCAAGAGGCUAUUGAUGCUCUACGGCAUGAACAAUUGGGUAGGAAGGAAGCUGAAUCGGUACUACAAAGGGUCCUAUUUGAAUUAGAAGAGAAAGCAGGAGUCAUUCAAGAGGAAAGAGUUGAGUAUGAGAGGAUGGUUGAAGCUUACUCUCUAGUCAAUCAGAAACUUCAGGAUUCUGUAUCUGAACAAUCAAAUUUUGAGAAGAUUAUACUGGAGCUAAAGACUGACUUGAGGAGGCGUGAACGAGAAAACACUUUGGCUCAGAAAGAUGUAUCUGACUUACAGAAGCAGGUUACGAUUUUGCUUAGGGAGUGUCGGGACAUCCAACUUCGUUGUGGAUCUGCCAGGGAUGAUGAAGCAGAUGAUCCUGUGCUUUCUGAUGUUGAAAUGGAUAUGGAGUCUGAUGCGGAUAAAAUAAUUUCGGAGCAUCUUUUAACAUUCAAAGAUAUAAAUGGAUUAGUAGAACAAAAUGUGAAGCUCAGGAAUCUUGUUCGUAGUCUCUCUGAGCAGAUUGAGGGUAGGGAGAUGGAGCUAAAGGAAGCAUUUGAGCUAGACCUCAAGAGGAAGAUGGACGAAGCUGCUUCUAAGGUUGCUGCUGUCUUAGAGAGAGCGGAGGAGCAAGGGCGGAUGAUUGAAUCGCUACACACUUCUGUUGCAAUGUAUAAACGAUUAUACGAAGAGGAACAGAAGCUCCAUUCUUCUUAUUCCCAUCCUGCUGGUGUGCCCCAAGUUCAAGGAAGGACGGACUUGUUACAUCUGCUUGAAAAUUCACAGGAAGCUACUAGAAAAGCCCAAGAGAAAGCUUCUGAACGGGCCAAUUCUCUCGAAGAGGACUUGGCAAAGGCAAGGAGUGAGAUAAUAGCUAUAAGGUCUGAACGGGAUAAGUUGGCCAUGGAGGCAAAUUUUGCUAGGGAAAAACUUGAGGGUAUCAUGAAAGAGGUUGAGCACCAGAGAGAAGAAAUGAACAACAUCUUGGCAAGAAACAUAGAGUUCUCGCAGCUGAUAGUUGGCUACCAACAGAAGUUGCGUGAGAGUUCAGAGUCUGUGAAUGCAACAGAGGAGCUUUCUAGGAAAUUUUCUAUGGAGGUUUCUUUUCUAAAACAAGAAAAGGAGAUUUUAUCAAAUGCUGAAAGGAGAGCGUGUGAUGAAGUUCGUGCUUUAUCAGAGAGAGUUUAUCGCCUACAGGCUAGUUUGGACACUAUUCAGAGUGCAGAGGAAGUUCGUGAGGAAGCGAGAGCUAAUGAGAGAAGGAAACAAGAAGAGUAUAUCAAGCAAACCGAGAGAGAAUGGGCUGAAGCUAAGAGGGAACUACAAGAAGAAAAGAAUAAUGCUCGGAAUCUUUCUUCAGAUCUUGAGCAAACUCGGAAAAAUGCUGCAAAGCAAGUAGAAGAAACGAGGAAAGAGUUAGCUAACACCUUGAAGACGUUAUCAGCGGCCGAGUCAAGGGCUUCUGUGGCUGAGGCCCGACUUUUGGAUUUACAGAAGAUCAGAUCUUCAGACGCUAAGGGUCUUGAUGUGGCCAACAGCAGUGGAACUCCCUCACUUUCAAACAAUGAGAUUUCUGUGGAAUUGGGCAUGGCUAAGGAAGAAAUAGAAAAGUUUAAGGAAGAAGCCGAAGCUAACAAAAGUCACAUGCUUCAGUACAAGAACAUAGCCCAGGUGAAUGAAGCUGCAUUAAAGCAGAUGGAAUCUGCUCAUGAGAACUUCAAACUUGAGGCUGAAAAGCUGCAGAAAUCGUUGGAAACUGAGGUUCUUUCACUUAAGGAGAGAGUAUCUGAGCUUGAAAAUGAGUGUAUCCGAAAAUCUGAGGAAGUAACCUCUGCAGCUGUUGGAAAAGAAGAAGCUCUUGCAUCUGCAUCAGCUGAAAUUGCAUGUCUGAAAGAAGAAUGCUUAGUUAAGAGUUCUCAAAUUGGAGCCAUGGAAGUUCAAAUUUCUGCUCUAAAGGAUGGCUUGGAGCGGGAGCAUGAGAAAUGGCGGGCAGCUCAGGGGAAUUAUGAAAGACAGGUCAUUCUGCAGUCUGAAACCAUUCAAGAGUUGACAAAAACAUCACAAGCUUUGGCAACCCUUCAAGAUGAGGCAUCUGAAUUACGUAAAUUGGCUGAUGCACAAGAAACUGAAAAUUCUGAGCUUAAGGCCAAGUGGGAUGCUGAGAAAUCAAUGCUGGAGGAGCAAAAGAAUCUUGCUGAGAAGAAGUAUCAUGAACUCAACGAACAGAAUAAAUUACUCCACAAUCGACUUGAGGCUAUGCAUAUUCAUUCAGCUGAGAAGGAUGUCCGUGCUGGGAAAACUUCUUCCGGAACCAGUGAUUCUGAUCAGCUUGGUGAUGCUGGUUUGCAAAGUGUCAUUAAUUAUUUACGCAGGACAAAGGAAAUAGCAGAAACAGAGAUCUCUUUACUGAAACAAGAAAAACUGCGACUUCAAUCUCAACUUGAGAGUGCAACAAAGAUGGCAGAAUCUGCACAGGCAUCACUUAAUUCUGAGAGGGCCAGUUCAAGGGCAUCAUUAUUGACCGAGGAAGAAAUCAAAUCUCUUCAGCUUCAGGUCAAAGAGAUGAACUUGCUUCGUGAAAGCAACAUGCAACUCAGAGAGGAAAACAAACACAAUUUUGAGGAAUGCCAGAGAAUGCGUGAGGUAGCUCAAAAGGCUAGGAUGGAAUGUGAAAACUUGGAGAACCUAUUGAGGCAAAGACAGACAGAGUUGGAUUCGUUUGCGAAAGAGAUGGAGAGGCUAAGGACGGAGAAAGAUCUUCAAGAAAAGAGGGCUGAUGAGUUGCGGGAGACAUUCAAAAACAUUGACGUGGCUGAUUACAAUCGCCUCAAGGAUGAAGUGCGACAACUGGAGGAGAAACUGAAAGCAAGAGAUGCUCAGAUAGAAGAUGUCAAGAAGCUUCUGUUGGAAAAGCAGAGCAGAAUUUCGCAAUUGGAGCAGGAGCUAUCAAAUUACAAAACGGAACUAAAUGAGAGGGAGAAGCGGUUAAAUGAUGCUCAGCAGGCACAGGCUAGCUUGCAGUCAGAGAUUGACAAGCUCAAAGCAGAUUUUAAUAAGCAGAAAGCAGACUAUGAGAAGUACAGGAGAAGCUUUGCUGUGGCCAAGAAAAAAUUAGAAAAAGAAAAAGAGGACAUGAGCAAAGAAAACCAAACUCUUUCUAAGCAACUGGAAGAAAUUAAGCAAAAUAAAAGAACUGCAAGUGAUGCCACGGUUGAGCAGGUCAUGAAGGAGAAAGAGGAAAAAGAACAGAAGAUUCAGAUUUUGGAUAAUUAUGUCGACAAGCUGAAAGAAAAGCUCAAGCACAGGGACGAUGAAAUGAAGAAGAAGGAUGAUGAGUUAACGAAAGAAAAAGCCGAACGCAAGUCUGUUGAGAAGAUAGUUGAGGACUCCUUGACAAAAGUUAAAAAGGAGAAGAAAAAAGUAGAAGAUGAGCUUGUAAAGCUUGAGAGGUAUCAGUCCGCACUCACUCGUCUGUCAGAAGAAUUAGAGAAAUUGAAACAAGCAGAAGGCAGUCUUCCCGAGGGUACUUCUGCCGUCCAGGUUCUAUCUGGAAGCAUAUUGAGUGACCAAGCUACUGCCUUUAUGUCAGCAGUAGAUUACUUUGAAAGUGUAGCACAUUCUAUUAUCGUCAAUUUCCAAGUCAGCGCAAAACCUACCGAUUCAGUAGCAGAUCCUUCGCAGGGCUCUUCUGCCACUGCUGAGCCUUCGACUGUCGUGAAGGCCUCUCCUGCAACACCUUCAGCAGCUCCCAUGGGAUCUAGCCAGCCUCCGAAAGCAUCGGAUAACAGAGAGAAGAGGAUAACUUUGCCUAGACCGGGCACUGAGCUCCGAAGACCGGGUAGGAAAAUUGUUCGUCCCCAACUUGUCAAACCCAAGGAACCUCAGGGCGAUGUAGAGAUGUCAGAAGCUGAAAUACCCGGGGACGAAGGCAAACAACCAUCAUCCAGUGAAAUCGAAAGCCAAGCAAAUGUUUCUGUUGCUCCAACCCAAACCCAUGCUUGCAAGCGGCAGGCGGAAUCAUUGGCCUCUGAGCCUCACGAGAUUACGGCUCAUGGAGAAACCAGUUCCGAGAUUGCACCGCCUGUGUCGAAGAAGUCGAAAGUAUCAGAGAUACAGACCGAGAGUGGCGAGGGGCAAUCUUCCGUUGUUCAGGGCGAAAGCCUUGCGGCCGAACCAGCAGUGGAUGAGUCCUUAGACGCUGCUGAGAAUGAUGGUGAAAGGGAAGAUAUAGAAGCCGAAACGGGUGAGGAGAAAACGGAGGAACCCGGGGAGCUGCAGCAAGAUAAUGAAGCUGAAUUGCAGGAUGAUGCUGGCGAAAUGGCAGAAGAAAACCUGCCCGAGGCAGAUGCAUCUGUGGAAGAAGGGUCAAAAGACCAGAUUGAGACCGAGCAAGACAACCAAGAUCUUAUGACAGAGAUGGAUUCCGAGAAGGAAGAGGGAGAGCUCGACGGAGAUGCAGCAGCUGAUCCUGAAGGAGCUGCCGCUGAUAUAUCGGGCAUGAUCAGGAGCCCUGAAAUCGGGGAACUGCAGCCCGAGAUUCUGGCUACCCCCACACAGUCGCCUGCUAGGAUCGACUCAUCAGUGGAAGAAGGGGAAGCGACUCUGGACCCAUUAAUUGACGAGAAGAACGGUGAAGGCGACGGAACUGAAGAUCUCACUGCUGCUGCAGCCGAAGGCUCUGAUAAGUCUGGCGAUGGUAACGAUCAACAUGCGGCCGAGAAUGACCCCACACCAGAAGUCACGAUGCCCGCAACCUCUUCUGUGACCCCCACAGCCUCGACAACGCCCACGCCGCCUGCCGCCAUUGUGGCUCCUUCUGGUGAAACUGCAGAGCCCGAAGAAGCAAAGAGAGCGACCUCACCAUUGGGCAGUUCGUCAACGAUUGUGAAUCUAUCUGAAAGAGCUAGGGAGCGGUCUGCCAUUCGACAAGCACAAGCUGGAGCCGGGACUGGGGCAGGGGCUGGGGCUCGAGCUCCUUUGGCAGUCAGGGCUCGAGGAAGAGUGCGUGGACGAGUUAGCGUUCGUGGCGGCCGAACCAUGCGUGGCCGUGGACAACCCCCGAAUCAGCAGCAGUAAUUUUUACAACUAAAUUAGAUUAAUCUCGAAGACAUUUACUCGCAAAAAAAAAAUCUGUUCUUUACUACUCGAAAUUUCAACGAUUGCGGAGUUUUUUUCACUUUUUCGUUUCCCUCAAUUUCAACUUCGCAAUUUGUCCUUGUUAAAAAAAAUUAAAAGCAAUUGUUGGUUA